ACCAUGGAAGCAAUCGGUUUGGUCACGUGGUGCCCUUGGUUGCGCCCGGUGGCAGCUGUGGGGUCUACGGCUCAGACGGGGGCCAUUUUGCCAGAGGCUGCCUCCCGGAGUUGGGGGCGGCCUGGCGGCGGGCUGCAGCUGUUCUUUUUCCUCUUCUGUAGCUUGGGGCUUGGAGAGGAUCUGGAAGUCCGGGCUCCAUCGAGCCCUUCGGAGACGGCAAUGAUGUCUUCCAACCACCGCCACCUGACGACCCUGCAUGGCGGCUGCGCCCUCCGCGCUGCUUCUGCUGCCGCCCUUUCCAGUCCUCUCUGCCUAUCGGCUCCAGAGCCGCAGUCGUCCUUCCGCCCCAGAGACUGAUGAUAGUGGAGUUGGGGGCAUUAUGAGAGGAGAGAAAAACUACUACUGCCGUGGAGCUGCGGGGGACCACGGUUCCUGCCCCACUACAACUUCGCCUCUGGCCUCGGUCGUCUUGAUGCCCUCGGAGGCAGUCUCAAGCAGCUGGUCUGAUUCUGGAGGCGGUUUGUCAGGGGGAGAUGAAGAGGAGACUCGGCUCCUUCAACUCCUCCGCACCGCGCCGGAUCCUUCUGAGGCCUUUCAGGCUUUGCAAGCUGCUUUGCCGCGGCGCGGGGGUCGACUUGGCUUCCCCCGACGCAAGGAAGCUUUGUAUCGGGCACUGGGCCGAGUGCUUGUGGAAGGAGGUAGUGAUGAGAAGCGGCUCUGCUUGCAACUUCUCUCAGACGUUCUCCGGGGUCAGGGGGAGGCAGGCCAGCUGGAAGAGGCCUUUAGCUUAGCACUUUUGCCUCAACUAGUUGUCUCGUUACGGGAAGAGAAUCCAGCCCUGCGGAAAGAUGCGCUGCAGAUCCUGCAUAUAUGUCUGAAACGUAGUUCUGGAGAGGUGCUAAGAACGCUUAUACAACAAGGACUGGAAAGUACCGAUGCCCGACUUAGAGCGUCCACAGCACUACUGCUUCCCAUCUUGCUUACUACUGAGGACUUGUUGCUUGGUCUGGAUCUCACCGAGGUGAUAAUAUCCCUAGCCCGAAAGCUUGGUGAUCAGGAGACAGCAGAAGAAUCUGAGACAGCUUUCUCCGCACUUCAACAAAUUGGGGAGCGACUUGGCCAAGACAGGUUUCAAUCUUAUAUUUCUCGUCUCCCCUCUGCCCUGAGGAGACACUACAAUCGCCGCCUGGAGUCCCAGUUUGGAAGUCAAGUUCCUUAUUAUUUGGAACUUGAAGCCUCUGGAUUUCCUGAAGAUCCCCUUCCCUGUGCAGUGACUCUUUCCAACAGCAAUCUUAAAUUUGGGAUUAUUCCUCAGGAGCUGCAUUCACGAUUAUUGGAUCAGGAAGACUAUAAGAACCGAACCCAGGCCGUCGAAGAACUAAAGCAGGUGCUGGGAAAAUUUAACCCUAGUUCUACUCCUCAUUCUAGUCUUGUUGGCUUCAUUAGUUUGCUAUAUAAUUUGUUAGACGAUUCUAACUUCAAAGUGGUUCAUGGCACACUUCAAGUCCUGCAUUUACUGGUUAUUCGCCUUGGAGAGCAGGUACAGCAGUUCUUGGGACCAGUUAUAGCAGCUUCUGUCAAAGUACUGGCAGACAACAAGUUGGUGAUCAAACAAGAAUACAUGAAAAUCUUCCUCAAGCUAAUGAAGGAAGUAGGACCUCAGCAGGUGCUUUGUUUACUCCUGGAACAUCUCAAACAUAAGCAUUCCAGAGUGAGAGAGGAGGUGGUGAACAUUUGCAUCUGCUCCCUGCUGACCUAUCCUAGUGAGGAUUUUGACUUGCCCAAACUGUCCUUUGAUCUUGCCCCAGCUCUUGUAGAUAGCAAACGCAGGGUACGCCAAGCAGCUUUAGAAGCUUUUGCCGUAUUGGCAUCAUCAAUGGGCUCAGGUAAAACCAGCAUCCUUUUUAAAGCUGUGGAUACUGUUGAACUGCAAGAUAAUGGAGAUGGAGUGAUGAAUGCUGUGCAGGCCAGAUUGGCUAGGAAAACCUUACCAAGGCUAACAGAGCAGGGAUUUGUGGAAUAUGCAGUACUGAUGCCAUCUUCUGCCGGGGGUAGAUCAAACCAUUUGGCACAUGGAGCAGAUACGGACUGGCUUUUGGCUGGUAACAGAACUCAGAGUGCACACUGUCACUGUGGUGACCACGUAAGGGAUAGCAUGCAAAUUUAUGGAUCUUACAGUCCAACUAUCUGUACCCGGAGGGUAUUAAGUGCAGGAAAAGGAAAAAAUAAAUUACCGUGGGAAAAUGAGCAGCCUGGAAUCAUGGGAGAAAACCAGACCUCCACUUCCAAGGAUAUAGAGCAGUUUUCAACAUAUGAUUUCAUCCCAUCUCCAAAAUUAAAGCCCUCUCAAGGAAUGCCAGUCAAUGAUGAUUUAUGUUUUAGCAGAAAAAGAGUAUCAAGAAACUUAUUUCAGAAUAGUCGGGAUUUUAACCCAGAUUAUCUUCCUUUAUGUGCUGCUGGUACUACUGGGACUCAUCAAACAAAUCUUUCUGGGAAAUGUGCACAACUUGGAUUUUCACAAUUAUGUGGUAAAACUGGCAGUGUGGGUUCUGACUUACAAUUCCUAGGGACAACUAAUAGUCAUCAAGAUAAAGUGUAUGCUACCCUCAAUUUUGGCAGUAAGACACAGCAAACAUUUGGUAGUCAAACAGAGUGUACUUCCUCAAACGGUCAAAAUCUAAGUCCAGGAGCCUACAUCCUUCCAUCCUAUCCUCUCUCAUCACCUCGAACUAGUCCAAAGCAUACAUCUCUUAUUGUAUCUCCAAAGAAGUCUCAAGAUAAUUCUGUUAAUUUCUCAAAUUCCUGGCCUCUUAAAAGCUUCGAAGGACUGUCAAAGCGAAGUCCGCAGAAGCAGCUUGUCAGCCAAAAAUCGUCUGAUCCUACAAGUAGAAAUGAUGGAGAAAAUUCUCAAGAAAAACCUCCAGUUCAGCUUACACCUGCCUUGGUGAGAUCACCAUCUUCCCGACGAGGCCUAAAUGGAACAAAGCCUGUUCCUCCCAUACCAAGGGGAAUAAGCCUUUUGCCUGAUAAAGCUGAUUUAACCACAGUGGGACACAAAAAGAAAGAGCCUGAUGAUAUUUGGAAGUGUGAAAAAGAUAGUCUUCCAGUUGAUCUUUCAGAAUUAAAUUUCAAGGAUAAAGAUUUGGAUCAAGAAGAGAAGGGGCUCAGUGAUGUUAUCUGUCUUGCUCAGGGUCAGAAAAUGCAUAGCUCUCUUAGGUCCCUUCGUAAUAGUGCAGCUAAGAAAAGAGCAAAACUAAGUGGCAGUACUUCAGAUCUUGAAAGCCCUGAUUCUGCAAUGAAGCUCGACUUGACGAUGGACACCCCGUCUCGGUCUUCCUCACCAAACAUCAGUUCUUACAGUGAAAGUGGAGUCUACAGCCAAGAAUCAUUGACUUCUUCUCUGUCUACAACUCCCCAGGGGAAGAGAAUAAUGUCAGACAUAUUUCCAACAUUUGGGUCAAAACCUUUUCCAAUAAGACUUUCUUCUGCGAAGAAAAAAAUUUCUCAUAUUGCUGAACAAAGCCCCAGUGCAGGAUUUACAGGGUCAUCAUCAAAUCCACAGCAAAUUUCCAGUUUUGACUUCAUAUCCACAAAGACUUUAUCAGAAGACUCAGUAGUAGUUGUUGGAAAAGGCGUAUUUGGAAGUUUAAGUUCAGCACCAGCAACCUGCAGCCAAUCAGUGAUAUCUUCUGUGGAAAAUGGGGAUACAUUUUCAAUUAAACAAAGUAUUGAACCACCAUCAGGGAUUUAUGGAAGAUCAGUCCAGCAAAAUAUUUCAUCAUAUCUUGAUGUUGAGAAUGAAAAAGAUGCUAAAGUUUCUAUUUCAAAAUCUACUUAUAACAAGAUGAGACAAAAGAGAAAAGACGAGAAAGAACUGUUUCACAAUAAAGAUUGUGAAAAGAAGGAAAAAAAUUCCUGGGAACGAAUGAAACAUACGGGAACGGAGAAAAUGGCAUCUGAAGAUGAAACAUCUACUGGAGUCAUUUCACAGUAUAAAGAAAGGAUGCCUUCUGUCACUCAUAGUCCAGAAAUAAUGGAUCUAUCAGAACUACGACCAUUCUCUAAACCAGAAAUAGCACUGACAGAAGCCCUGAGGCUUUUGGCUGAUGAGGAUUGGGAGAAGAAAAUUGAGGGACUGAAUUUUAUUAGAUGCUUAGCUGCUUUCCAUUCUGAGAUACUGAACACAAAGUUGCAUGAAACAAAUUUUGCAGUUGUUCAAGAGGUGAAAAAUUUACGUUCUGGAGUUUCUCGUGCUGCCGUAGUCUGUUUAAGUGAUCUUUUCACUUAUUUGAAAAAGAGCAUGGAUCAAGAGCUAGAUACCACAGUAAAAGUUUUGUUGCAGAAGGCUGGUGAAUCAAAUACAUUUAUAAGAGAAGAUGUUGACAAAGCAUUGAGAGCUAUGGUUAAUAAUGUAACUCCUGCACGUGCAGUUGUUUCUCUUAUCAAUGGUGGACAAAGCCAUUUACACAUUGCUGUAAGAAGGUGCACAGCCCAGCAUUUAUCAGAUGUAUUGGAAUUUAUGGAACCAGAACGUAUUUUAUCUGCAACAAAGGAUAUGGCUGAAUGUAUAUUACCAGCUGCUGCUAAGUUUGCUCAAGACAGUUCACAAGAAACCAGGUACUAUGGUCGAAAGAUGCUGUUCUUCAUGAUGUGUCAUCCUAACUUUGAAAAAAUGCUUGAAAAGUAUGUUCCAUCUAAAGAUUUGCCAUAUAUUAAGGACUCUGUUAGAAACUUACAGCAAAAGGGUUUGGGGGACAUACCAUUAGAUACUCCUUCAGCAAAAGGAAGACGAUCUCAUACUGGCAGUGUUGGAAAUACAAGAUCAUCAUCUGUUUCUAGAGAUGCUUUCAAUUUAGCUGAAAGAGAGGUAACUGAAGUUCGUGAAGUCACCAGAAAAUCAGUCCCUCGUAAUUCCUUAGAAAGUGCUGAGUACCUUAAAGUCAUAACUGGUUUAUUAAAUGCAAAAGACUUUCGUGAUCGUAUUAAUGGGAUUAAGCAGCUUUUAUCAGAUACUGAAAAUAAUCAAGACCUUGUUGUUGGAAACAUUGUGAAGAUUUUUGAUGCUUUUAAAUCUCGACUUCAUGAUUCUAAUAGUAAAGUAAAUCUGGUGGCUCUGGAAACAAUGCACAAAAUGAUUCCUCUACUUAGAGACCACUUGUCUCCUAUAAUCAACAUGCUAAUUCCAGCAAUAGUGGAUAACAAUCUGAAUUCCAAGAAUCCAGGCAUCUACGCUGCUGCUACGAAUGUUGUUCAGGCACUGACUCAGCAUGUAGACAAUUACUUACUUCUACAGCCAUUUUGCACAAAAGCUCAGUUUUUAAAUGGAAAAGCAAAACAGGAUAUGACGGAAAAGCUUGCUGAUAUUGUUACGGAACUUUAUCAAAGGAAGCCGCAUGCCACAGAACAGAAAGUGUUGGUUGUUUUAUGGCAUCUCUUAGGAAAUAUGACAAAUAGUGGCUCUCUGCCUGGAGCUGGAGGAAAUAUACGAACAGCCACAGCUAAAUUAUCAAAAGCACUCUUUGCACAGAUGGGUCAGAAUCUGUUAAAUCAGGCUGCAUCUCAACCACCACAUAUCAAAAAGAGUUUGGAGGAAUUACUUGAUAUGAUGAUUUUAAAUGAAUUAUGAAUCUUUGAUAAAAUAUUGUAUGAUGAACAAAAGUGUUUACAUGAUGACAAGUGGAACUUUCUAAAAGUUAUGUUAUCAGUGCCUGCACUUCACAUCCAGCAAAUUAAGUCAAUGGCUAUUUUUAUUUGCAGCCUAUGAGUACACAUCUGUCCUAUAUCAACCUUACCACUUAUAUCCAUCACAUAAAAACCUAAAAUAUAUCAUUCAUGAAUAAUUCACGAAAUCUGAGUCACAUGGGAUGAAUUCAAUUUUAAUAUUUUUGAAAAAAGUCCUGCUCAUUUGCACUAUUCUAUAGAAGCUACAAUUUGUUGCCCUGUAUGUACAAUUAGAAUUGUAAUUAAAAAUAUACUUUUUGUUAUGUAAUCAUGUUCUGGUACGUCUCAUUUCUCAGCCUUAUUUUAUAAAGUGGAAGUCAUUGAACUAUGUUAUCAGAAACUAAGUUUGUAUAUUAUUUGUGAAAAACAUGUAUUUCUGAAUCAGUCCACUAAUAUGAUUGUGCAGUAUUAGCUUGCUUUUGCUGCUGUGUUAAUGUCAUAUAUUAGCUUACCCUUUUGGGUUUAAUUAUCUUACAUAAUUGUGAAAUUUAACAAGUUAUAAUAAAGCAUGACAACCAAAGUUUUAGAAAACAUUAAACAUUUUAAAUGCACGUUUAAAAAAACGUGUUGAAUGUAACCCCCCUAUUUUUGUGUGCAAACACUAAAUUUUAUUUCUUUAUGUUUUGACCUUCAUAAAGGUGUUGUUUUGCUGCCCAGUUGUGUAAUUCUCAAAAAUAGUGCCAGGUCUUCUAUAGCUUUUUUCAGAAUUCAUGGGCUUACAAGUACUGUAUGCAUCUUUAAAAAGAAAAGGAAUGUUAUCAAAUAAAAGGAUUUAUUUCUGUA